GGACGGGGUGGAGGUGGGGUGGGGGGCGGGGAUCGAGCCGGGCCCGGGCCGCGCUGCCUGCGAUGCCGGGCGCCCGCCGCAGCCGCCGCCGCCGGAGCCCGGGAUGGGGCGAGGAGAGGCUGCGGCGGACGCCAGCAUCUCCCCGCCGGGGACCCCGGGGGCCCCGGAGCCGCCGCCGCCGCUGCUGCUGCUGCCGCCGCUGCUGAGACCCAGCGGGCGAUGGGAUGAAGAUGAGACGCUACAAGCUCUUUCUCAUGUUCUGUAUGGCCGGCCUGUGCCUCAUCUCAUUCCUGCACUUCUUUAAGACCUUAUCCUAUGUCACCUUCCCGAGAGAACUGGCCUCCCUUAGCCCUAACCUCGUAUCCAGCUUCUUCUGGAACAAUGCCCCUGUCACACCCCAGGCCAGUCCGGAGCCGGGUGGCCCCGACCUGUUGCGGACUCCACUUUACUCCCACUCCCCCCUACUCCAGCCACUGUCCCCCAGCAAGGCCACCGAGGAACUGCACCGGGUGGACUUCGUGUUGCCAGAGGACACCACUGAGUAUUUUGUGCGCACCAAAGCUGGCGGUGUGUGCUUCAAACCAGGUACCAGGAUGCUGGAGAAACCUUCUCCAGGGCGGACAGAGGAGAAGCCCGAGGUGGUUGAGGGCUCCUCAGCCCGGGGUCCUGCUCGGAGGCCUAUGCGGCACGUGUUGAGUACGCGGGAGCGCCAGGGUAGCCGGGGCACUAGGCGCAAGUGGGUUGAGUGUGUGUGCCUGCCAGGCUGGCACGGGCCCAGCUGCGGGGUGCCCACGGUAGUGCAGUAUUCCAACCUGCCAACCAAGGAGCGCCUGGUACCCAGGGAGGUGCCGAGGCGGGUUAUCAACGCCAUCAACAUCAACCACGAGUUCGACCUGCUGGAUGUGCGCUUCCAUGAGCUGGGCGAUGUGGUGGACGCCUUCGUGGUCUGCGAGUCUAAUUUCACCGCCUACGGGGAGCCUCGGCCACUUAAGUUUCGAGAGAUGCUGACCAAUGGCACCUUCGAGUACAUCCGCCACAAGGUGCUCUACGUCUUCCUGGACCACUUCCCACCUGGUGGCCGUCAGGACGGCUGGAUUGCAGACGACUACCUGCGCACUUUCCUCACGCAGGAUGGUGUCUCCCGCCUGCGCAACCUGCGGCCCGAUGAUGUCUUUAUCAUCGAUGACGCAGACGAGAUCCCUGCGCGUGAUGGUGUGCUGUUCCUCAAACUCUACGAUGGCUGGACAGAGCCCUUCGCCUUCCACAUGCGCAAGUCUCUGUACGGUUUUUUCUGGAAGCAGCCGGGUACACUGGAGGUGGUAUCAGGCUGCACCAUGGACAUGCUGCAGGCCGUGUAUGGGCUGGACGGCAUCCGCCUGCGCCGCCGCCAGUACUACACCAUGCCCAACUUCCGGCAAUAUGAGAACCGCACCGGCCACAUCCUGGUGCAGUGGUCUCUUGGCAGUCCCCUGCACUUCGCCGGCUGGCACUGCUCCUGGUGCUUCACACCAGAGGGCAUCUACUUCAAACUCGUGUCGGCCCAGAAUGGCGACUUCCCCCGCUGGGGUGACUAUGAGGACAAAAGGGACCUCAAUUACAUCCGCAGCUUGAUUCGCACUGGGGGAUGGUUCGAUGGCACGCAGCAGGAGUACCCUCCUGCGGACCCCAGUGAGCACAUGUAUGCUCCUAAAUACCUGCUCAAGAACUAUGACCAGUUCCGGUACUUGCUGGAAAAUCCCUACCGGGAGCCCAAGAGCACUGUAGAGGGUGGGCACCGGAACCAGGGCUCAGAUGGAAGGUCAUCUGCUAUCAGGGGCAAGUUGGAUACAGUGGAUGGCUAGGGCUGUGCAAUUUUACAGGGCCAGGCAGGCUGAGAUGACGGUUAAGCCAGUGUUAUCUGUAGCCUCCUCGGUAUUCCCGGGCUCUUGAGAAAGGCAGGAGUCCUUGCAGAUGGUCCUCCGUGCUCAAGCCUCUAGAAUUAAGGGUCAGGCCUUUCACCCCAAAACAAAAAAGGAAAAAAUAUUUUCUAGUAGAGAAGAGCAAGCCCAGACAUCUAUGCAGCAUUUUUUCCCCCAAGAGUGCUGUGAGAAAGAGGUGUUCCUGGAGACCAUAAGGUGGUAUUCUGGGACUGGGGAGUGCUCGGGAACUUCAGUCUAGUUGAACGAAGCCCACCUUUGACAUCCUGGAUGGACAAGGAGGAUACCAUGCCAGGAGUUCCUAGCAUCCUGUAAAUAAAUGCAUUUGCAUCCAGGAGCAAGAAGAGACAGUAGGGAGGGUCUAGAAAGGAUCUAUCUGCUCUUGAUCUUGGCCAAGAAACCAGGGAAGCAUUGGAAAAUGGCGCCCUGCAGAGAGCGCACUUUGCAGCUUCCUCAGACCCAGGGAAUGAGGUCACUGAUGGCUGGGAGGAUGGAGCUUCUUGGUGGCUGUCAGUCCCCCUGCCUCUUCAAGGAGACGUGCCGGGCUUGAUGAGGAAUUUUCCUCUGGUUCCAAAUAUACCCUGAUGGUUCUUCCCACUUUUCCUGCUGUGGUCUUGUGGGAGCCUUGUAAAGGACUCCAGGAGUCUACUUCUUGGGGUGGGACAGGAACUGGAGACCAUAAGACAGCCAGUAGAGUAGGUGGGACAAGAGAAGGAGACCAACAGAGGCCUCUAUAUUCCUUUCUCCUUCCCCAUCACUCUCUGCUGGCAUCCAGUCCCAUUUUGUCAACAUCCCAAAGGUAACCAUUCCCGUGCCACUACACAUCCCACCCCCACGCCCGUAAGAGCGUGCUAGGGGCUAGGAAGGGGCCACAAGGUUUUCCGGGGUCCAAGAAAGGACCUUAAGUAUAUCAACCCAUUCCUCUUAGUUUGCCUCGUGUGGGGCACAGGGUGUAUUUGAAAGGAUGCUAAGCUGCUAUAGAAAUCCCUUGGCAACCAACAAUUAAAGUAAGACCAGCUUGUUACUAAGUAAGUAGUCUAGGAGGAGAUGAUCCAAAGCCUGUUCCACAGUCAGCUUAGCUUCACAUACAACUUCCAGGUCUGGAGAGAGGGGCUGCACCUGAGAAGAGGAGGAAGUGUGGACUCUUUCCUGUGAAGGGCAGGGGUCAGAUGUGUCUGUUGCUUCUUACUGGUCAGGACUUAGCUGCAUGGCUAUUGGUAGUUGCAAGGAAAACUGGGAAAUGUAGUUUUGAGCAGGGCAGCCAUGUGCCUGCCUCAAUUUGAGAGUUGUGUAUUACCAGCAGCACCUUUACAGGAAAGGUGCGAGGGAAUGCUCAUUACCCUGCUCUUUUUCUAUCUGCCCCGGCAGGUUGAGGUACAGUGGGGACUUGCAGGGGUCGGGGAAGAGUGGGUGCCUCUCUCUGAGGCCCCUGAUUGUUCCCAUGAUGCCAGUAUGCAGGGUUACCCAUGGAAUGGUCCGUGUUUGUGCGUGUCUGUCUAUUUAUGGGCAUGGGUGCAUGCUUGGUGUGUAUUGUAUGUCUGUAUCCAUGUGUCCCUGCACAAAAAUGAUACUCACGUGUGGGUGUAGGAGCCUGGGCUUGGCUAUCCUCUUCUUUAGGCUCUGGAUCUUAUAGUCUCAUCUCUUAUGGCUCCACAAGAUGCCUGCGGCGGGGAGUCCUUGGGGGAACCUUGAAAGCAAGACUAGAAGGGAGUACAGGGUCUGUGUGUGUGUCUGUUUGUCUUUCAGUCUGAGGAAUGGAAUCUUCCUAGCUAUAGGGAUAUGCAGCUGAGAGCCCAUCACUCUCUCAGCCCUUCUUGGCCCUUCUCUUCCUCCCACUGCCUCCCCAGCAUCUCCUGGAUGUAGCUCUGUCUGGAGCAGUUUGCCAGGUGGUGGCUGCUCUGAUGAACAGGCAUGAGGGGCUCUAAGGCCUCUCUCCUCCCACCGAGGAACAUCCCCCAUGGAACGGCUCCUUCAAAGAUCCUCCCUCUCUGGUUCCUCUAGGGACUGAGAGGUGGCCGCAGAAGUCGGCAUCCCAGAGACUAAUGGGUCCAUCUGAGCCAGGGCUCUCUCCUGAGAUGUCUGUGGAUGCUUCUGUGUGAUAUCUACCCCCUUGGAUGAAAUCCUCACUACCACACUCUUGGUACCCCCAGCUGCUUCACGGAUGUCCUGUUUCAGGCAUUUCAGGGCUUCUGCCCACACGUGACCAAUUCAGGGAGGGAGAAGGACCCCUGGGAAAGCACAGGGCUGCUGGGCUGGCCUUCCUUCUCAGACUAGUAGCGCGAAGGUAGUAUAAUGGUUUCAGCUAGGUAGGGAGAGGCCUGGUCAUGGGCUGAGAGGUGGGAGCUAAAGAGUUUCACAUAUAACCACAGCAUACACUGGGAAGUUGAGGGCCAGGGGACCCAGGACCAUUCCCCCAAUAUGAAGAGAAACCGAAUUGAAUGUGAAUGUGGGCACAUUCUCCAGGAACCACUGGCCUGUGACCUCUAGACCCAAGGAAGGCUAUACUGGUGUCCAGCUGGCCUCGUUCACCCAGGGGUCACAGUGGUUAGAAGGGACAAGCUUGAUGAAGCUUUGGGAACAAAGGUGAGGUUCAGGGUGGGAAGACAGGACUCACCCAAGCAGAAGGCAGGGCCCUGGGAAAAUGUGUAAUUUAAGGACACCAAUAAUAAUAAUAAUAAUAGUAAUAAUAAUAGUAUUAUUUUUUUUGUAAAGGAAAAAAAUCAAUAUGUACAUUCUGAAAUCAUUUUCUCUGUAAAUGGUUGAAUUUCAUUUCACCCUUAAAGGGAUGCUUAAAGGAGAAGAUAAUAUUAAUAAUAAAACAGCUGAGAAGUCUGGAGGG